AUGGCGCGCCGGUUGCCCAACAUCCUCGUCACCGGCACCCCAGGCACGGGCAAGACGACGCUUUGUCAGCUCUUGGCGGAACGAACCUCGUUGCGAAAUGUGAACGUUGGCGACUUGGUGAAGGAGCGCGACUUGCACGCUGGGCGUGACGAAGCCUUCGACUGCUUCGUUCUGGACGAAGACAAGGUGGUCGAUGAAAUGGAUGACAUGAUGAGUUCUCCCGACGGCGGCAUCGUGGUGGACUUUCACACCUGCGACUUUUUCCCGGAGCGCUGGUUCGACCUGGUUGUUGUGCUUCGCACGGACAACACGACGCUCUUCGACCGACUGACGCAACGUGGCUACACCGCCAACAAGGUGACCGAAAAUGUCGAGUGCGAAAUCAUGCAGGUCGUGCUGCAAGAUGCACACGAGAGCUACGUCCCUGACAUCAUUCAAGAGCUUCCGAGCGUGACGAUCGCCGACAUGGAAUCGAACGUCGAGCGAAUCAUUGGUUGGAUGAACCACUGGGUCGCGCAGAACCACCAACAAUAGGAACGAGACAGCAUAACUCCCUAACUUAUGCCAUGUUUAACUGCCAA